UACCUGCUCCUGGGUCGCCGGGAACCUGAGCCGGGUCCGCCCGGUGGGCUUAGGUUGCUGAGGAGGCUGUGGUUUGCCGGGCGGCACGGCUGGCUGGUGCUGACUCCCGGAGGCUGCAGUCCGGGUAUCCUCAUGACUUCUCCUGUGGACCAUGUCCAUGAUCCUUUUUGCCUGUGUAGUACGGGUAAGGGAUGGACUGCCCCUAUCGGCCUCCACUGACUUUUAUCACACCCAAGAUUUCCUGGAAUGCAGGAGACGGCUCAAGACAUUAGCCUUGCAACUGGCCCAGUAUCCAGGUCGAGGUUCUGCAGAAGGACGUGACCUCAGUAUACAUUUUUCUUCUUUGGGGGAUGUGGCCUGCAUGGCCAUCUGCUCCUGCCAGUGUCCAGCAGCCAUGGCCUUCUGCUUCUUGGAGACCCUGUGGUGGGAAUUCACAGCUUCCUAUGACACUACCUGCAUUGGUUUAGCUUCCAGGCCAUACGCCUUUCUUGAAUUUGACAGCAUCAUUCAGAAAGUGAAGUGGCAUUUUAACUAUUUAAGUUCCUCUCAGAUAGAGAGCAGCCUGGAAAAAAUUCAGGAGGAGCUCACGUUCCAGCCUCCAGUGGUUCUUACUUUGGAGGACACAGAUGUGGCAAAUGGGAUGAUGAACGGUCACAUACAGAUGCAUUUUGAGCCUGCUCCUAAUUUCCGAAUGGAACCAGUGACAGCUCUGGGUGUUCUCUCCCUUAUUCUCAACAUCAUGUGUGCAGCACUGAAUCUCAUUCGUGGAAUUCACCUUGCAGAACAUUCUUUAGAGGUUGCCCAUGAGGAAAUUGGAAACAUUUUGGCUUUUCUUAUUCCUUUCAUAGCCUGUAUUUUCCAGUGUUAUUUAUACCUGUUCUACAGUCCAGCCAGGACAGUGAAGGUGGUGCUGAUGCUACUGUUUAUUUGCCUGGGCAACAUGUACCUGCAUGGGCUGAGGAACCUCUGGCAAAUCCUCUUCCACAUAGGAGUGGCUUUUCUGUCUUCCCAUCAGAUACUGUCACGGCAGCUUCAGGAGAAGCAGUCUGACUGUGGAGUGUGAAGGAGACACCGGGUGACGAAUGGAUCCUUUGAUUUUCUUUUGAGGGUCAAUCUGUGUUUCCCUUCCUGCUUCUCAGCUUCACCUCAAGUUUCCAUCCUUGAAGUUCCUUUCAACCUGACUGGACUGAUGAGCCAAGGAUUUGGGAUUUUUAACAGGUGCAGUUGAAGCACAAGAAGACCACUUGAUAACGAGUCCUGGUUUUGUGUCGAGCGUUACCGCAGAAUGUCCCGUUCAGUGCAUUUACUUGAGACAGCAUAAUCUAGGGAUUCAUUCAGAAAGAGCAUUUUUGGAAGAUCAGAAUGGAGUUAUUUUGAUCUUUUAAAUUGAAUAGUGUAUAAACCAUUAGAUUCAAUAAUACUAGUUUUAGUAAUGGGCAGUUGUCUCCCAGGAACCACUUCAAAAUCCAAAUCAGCUUUUAAGUCUAAAUGUGGCUUGGUUAGUUUUUUGAGUGUUAGUAUAGGGUAAAUUAAAAACUUAAAAAUAUGGUUCAUAAAUAUAAGCUAGAUCAAUUUUGUUUACAUCUUUUGAUAACUUAAGUCUGAUAUGAUACCUUUGAAAUAUUUAAAUAUAUUUUGGAUAUAAAUUGAACUUUUCUUCGUCUAGGAUUACAAAAACACAGGAAAUUUAAGAAAGCUGAGUUUAUUUAAUUUACAUAUAACCUUUUGUGGUGGUGGGAAUGUGCUUUAAAGAUGGUGCAGAAAUUUUUUUUAUUUAUUUGCAGGAUAUAUCUGAAUAUUUUUUAGAUUAACGGAGUAAUCAACACUAUCAGGUCAUAAGCUUAGAAGCACGAGCAGACAUGAGUAUCAGGAUUUCUUUCAGUCGGCCAUAAACUGUAGAGUAGGUGAGUGACUCAGAUUAGUGGCACUUGACAAACUCAGUUGGGGGAGGCUGCUGUCAUCAGCAUUUUUGUAGCUGAGUGCCUGUGAUUUUAAUGAUGAUGAAUACUUGACCCUGAGUACCUGUUCGCAGAGGGCCUUCCUAAUUAAUUACUUCUCUACACCGAACCUUUCCAAUAAUCUUAAUUGGAUCAAGGGCCUCAUUUUUUAUGAACAAGUGAUAAAUCAGUA